ACUAAAAAUUGAAGGUAAAAAAAAGUCUGAGGAGAUCAUUCGGAUCAAAGUACCAUCAUCUUAUUGAUAUAUUCACGUACUUAAACAUUGACGUUCACAUCAUAGUCUGGAUGUGUCUCCGUCUUCAGGAGGUUCUGUCCAGGACUUCACCAUGUCAUCCCACAGUGCUGCUGAGUGGCAGCAAAACCUCAGUCACAUCUGGAGACCAGGAGGAAACUUUAGCGAUUCUCCAGGAAACAGGACGUUGACUGUUCCAGGUGAAGACAUGGACAUGUUGGGAGGACACGCCAUGUGGCAGAUCAUCAUAAUCGUCUUCCUCACUGGGUCCCUGUCCCUUGUCACCGUCGUUGGAAACAUCCUCGUGUUGGUGUCGUUCAAGGUCAACAAGGCUCUGAAGACGGUGAACAACUACUACCUCCUGAGCUUGGCAUUCGCUGACCUGACCAUCGGAACUCUGUCCAUGAACCUUUACACCACCUACAUCAUCCUGGACCAGUGGACUCUGGGGCCGGUGGUCUGUGAUUUGUGGCUCACAGUCGACUACGUGGCGAGUAAUGCCUCCGUCAUGAACCUGCUCGUCAUCAGCUUUGACAGGUAUUUCUCUGUCACUAGACCUUUGACCUACCGGGCCAAACGUACCACCAAGCGGGCCAUGAUCAUGAUUGGAUUAGCCUGGUCCAGCUCAUUCAUCCUGUGGGCCCCUGCUAUCCUGUUCUGGCAGUACAUAGUAGGUGAGCGGACAGUGCAACCUAACGAGUGCUACAUCCAGUUCUUGUCUGAACCCAUCAUUACAUUCUGCACUGCGAUCGCUGCUUUCUACUUGCCAGUAACUAUCAUGGCAAUCCUGUUCUGGAAGAUCUAUCAGGAGACAGAGAAGCGAGCUAAAGAUGUGCAAGGUCUCAAAGGAUCUGGGUCAGGAAACAGCCCAAGCCGGGCUCAGAAUCAGGAGACAGGAGAAGCUUCGUCCAAGAAGUCAUUGACCAUACUGCGCCAGAUGAGUUUGCAAAGUUCCAGCAGCUACGAGUCAAAUCAGCCAACUUCAGAGAACAAGAACAAGGACAACCACUGCAACACGACUGGAUUCAAAGGGAAGUGUGGAACGCUUUGCUUUCAGUUUUCAUCGCUGCUGCCAGGUCACCGUGCAUCCGCGAGGUCGGACAACACCAACACAACUACAGUGAGCGAGACUGAGUGUAAUGGCUGCGCUAGUUUUAAUGACAAUGAGUCUGUUUGUCAAGAAAGCCAGAAGAAAUCAGGGAAGGUGAAGGGGAACCAGGAUGAACAGACAUCGUCUUCCAUCAGAAGUCAAAAUAAAUCACAACCAAACGCUGCCUCCUCAUCACCAUCUUCUGACCAAUCCCCUGCUCCGAUCACCAUGAAAGACGCCGCCAUUGCCAAACGCUUUGCCUUGAAGGCUCGGACAGAAAUCAAUAAACGCAAGAAUGAAAGAAAGGCAAACGAGAAGAAAGCGGCGCGGACGCUCAGCGCAAUUCUGUUUGCCUUUAUCACGACAUGGCUGCCGUAUAACAUCAUGGUGUUGGUCAACACGUUCUGUCAGGACUGCAUCCCCGAGACCCUGUGGGCGCUGGGCUACUGGCUGUGCUACGUGAACAGCACCGUCAACCCCAUGUGCUACGCCCUCUGUAACAAGACCUUCCGAACAACCUUCCGAGAUAUCCUGCUGUGCCAUUGGAAUCAAAGGAAGAACAAGCCCAACUUUCAAGAGAAGAAGGCCGUGGCUUUCCGGAAGAAGGAGCUAAUGUAGAGGACAUCUCAUAGGAGACAAGAAAUGUUGGACGGAACUGUGUUCUCUGAAACUUCUGCUGGCUUCAUUGUAUGUACAAGACACUGUAUCUGGAGCAGCUGCAGAUAUUUGAUUCAAUUGGUCCAAAUUUGAACAAGUCUGUCAAAUUUGUUGUGGAUACUCAAGGUCCCCAGAAGAUGAUCCCUGAUAAGUUUGGUCACACCUUGUAACACUAACCUCCAGUUAUUGUACGACUCAAAAACAGAUCUCUUGAUCAUCAAAUUUGAAGUUCUGAACAUCCUGUACCAAACAGAAUGUCAGAAUUGAGCGUACAGUUACACCUCGAGAAGAUUUCUGUGUUGAUGUUCAUGGUCGUUAGAGUUUAAACCUCAAUCAUCAAUAACAACUGACUAUUUGACUCACUGCACAAGACAAACCAUUUUUGUUUUGGACACUCCUAUGAGUGUCAACCCCAUUUAGUUUUCAUUUAAAAUUCUGCAUCAAAUGGGACGACAGUUUUAACGACAGUUUUAAGGAAGUGGAAUUUGUUGUUAAGGUUAUUAAGAGUUUUGUGGAACUGUCAAAAUAAAAGCACACAGUGCACAUUUCAUUGAUUUUGAAUACUGAUGAUGACGAGCUCAGCUCAAUUAGGACAGAUUUUGUUCUCAUUGUAGCUUUUUGUGUUUUAAAGUAUCAUCGUAUUUAUUGUUAAUUUCAUUGAAAUGUUGCUUUGUCAUACACUUAUUUGCCAGUUUAUUAGGUACACCAAAUUAAAAUGAACUUAUAUUUAUGGUAAUUUUUGCAGGUUGUUUUGUUCAACUUGUUUUAGUGAAAUAUAUUGUGGAUAUAUUGCAAGAAAUGAAUCUUUCAAGUCAACUUUCUUCCAAAUGAGCAACAAAACUUUCCCCAAUGGAUCAACCAACUGUAAUUAUUCAUGUCUUUAUUUUCUUUUCCCGUGUUGCACUGUGGGAAAAGAAUCCACCAAACAGGACUGUAUAUAAACAAGAUUUAUUCUGGGCCAGUUGCGUUCAAGGUCAGCGAUUAUUUUAAAAAGUCUUAAGUAUCUGUUUGUGAUACGUUCACAGAUCUGUCGCAGACAUUUUCACGUGUUUAUAUGAACGGACGAGAAAUAAAAUCUUUAUUUUUACUGUAAACUAAAUUAAUAAAUACAUUAAAAUGCAUAAAUAUAAUAAUAUGGGAUUUAGUUUCAUUGUUGUUGCUCUGGAUUGUGGUCACCAGAUUAACAGUACAAUGUCGCCAUCAAGUGGUUGCAAAGUGAACGGCAGGUUUUCUGUGAAAUCCUUCGUUUUUCAGUAUAUUCAAACUCCUAUUACUCAGCUCCAGUAGAAGUUAGACAGAUUCUGACUAUUGGGGAGAAAAAAAUCAGAGUGCUAUUUUUCAAAAGAGACCAAAACCAUGAGUGUCCUCCAAAUGGUUCAAGAACAUCUUUAGAUUUACUUUGAGUAUGGCCUUUUUUAGAUGUUUUAGGUGAAAAUUACAGUCAUUAUAUGGAGUUAAACCUUGAAAAUUUGAAAAACUAAAACAGUGUUAGCCAAUGUUAGCAAGGUAGCAUGUUGUCUGUAAAGGUCCUGAGACAUCCGGGUCAUUGUAUCUUCAGGGGUAAGCUUGAGUUUACCCCUGUCCAGUUAACUAACUAGUCCAGUUAUCUGUCUAUCUAUAUCUACUCCUGAGGUUAGCAUGUUGUGUAGCAACGCUAACUUCAACUAAACUGGUUUGCACUGCAUUGUAUGAACCAUAAACUAGUCCACCAACGUUCCUGGUCCACCAAUAGUCCUCCAACUUUUCAUGACAUGUUUCUGCUUUGUCUGGUGGAGUGGCUCAGUGGUUAAGACCAGUACC